CUUCAGACGAGCGCCGUCAGGUCCUCCAGAACCUUGGCCAAAACCGGCAGAAACCUUACGCAGAGGAGCGAACACCUUGCUUCUAGCCGGAGUCGAGAUCCGCGGAUUUGGACUGCAAUGCAGGUGGCGAGCGUGUUGUCGGACCUGACGUCCCUGCGCGUCUGCGACGGCGCGGCGGCGCAGAAGCUGGUGAUGGCGUAUCGCGGCGCCGGGGCCAGGGAGGGUGCUGAGAGCGGCGCAGAGGAAGCUGAUCCGGACCUUCAGAGGGCGAAGGACCUUGUGGAUCUACACAACAAUGUCAAGGUCAAGCUCGAAGAGCAAGGUCUCGACCCGGAGCUGGAAGAGCUGCGGAGGAAAGUCGAGCGGCUUGUGGAAGGGCUGAGUGGAUGAAAAGGGGCAAGAAUCAUGGCCCAAGCAGAUGUACGGCACUCAUGCUGACUUGCGCUACUACUGCGAUUGCUCUUGCUCUGUGCGAGUGGCAAACAAGGCCAGGAUUCAUACUCAGGAUCAUUAACGCUCACACCGAAAUGACGGUGCUAAGAUUAGCUGUCUCGUUGAUGGAAGGAUAGAGUGUCGGCGAAAGGGGCUGGGCACGGCGUUAUCAAGGCAGAGUGAUGAGAUUACGCUACAUACAACGUGUGAAGAGACGCACAAAAUGAGCCUGCCACCACCCUGAACACAUGCACGCACAAGUGAAGCAGCAAUUCAAAAGAGAAAAAACAACAUAUGAGAGACAAUCGCUUUGUACAUGCACCGCUCACAAUGCAAGUCAUCUCGUAUUUCGUCAUGCCUACCCAUUGCCACGUGUUAAUUCGGGGAAGAAGAAAGAACGAGAUAUGCACGGGAAAGAUCACAUAUUACAAGGAGUUCAGAGAAGAGGAAAGUGGAUUGAACGCUAGGUAUUUGAAAACGUGUAUACUGAAUGAGAUACGUGAGAAUUACGGCUCAGAACCCAAAGGGAUUUUGCGG